AUGAAUUGCUAAAACUAGAAAUGCAAGGAGCAGAUACAAUAUAAUUCUAUAAUAAAUGGCACUUAGAUAACUUGUGACAAUUGUUCUAAUGCAUUUUAUUGUUCAAUCAAAUGUAGAGAUUUCGAUUGGUAUUUAGUUAUUACAAUUGUUAUAGGGAAGGUUAUCAUUAAUUGGUUUGUCAUGGGUCAUUUGAGAAAGUUCCUAAAUUAACUGUAAGUUAAUUGGAUGAUGAAAUGAAUCUAAUAGGAAAUGGAAGUUUUGGAAUUGUAUACUUAAAAUAACUGAAUGGAUAUAAUUUUGCAAUAAAAAAAAUAAAUAAAAAUCUAGCCUACAGGGAACUUAAAAUACAUAAAUAACUAAAGCACAAAUACAUUAUAUAGUUAUUAUAAUUUAUAGAGAAAGAUGAUCAUAUUUAUUUGAUUUUAGAAUAUGCAUGUAUUGAUUAAAUUUUCUAUUUAGAAAAUGGUCAUUUGACAACUAAUAUGUAAAUAGAUCCAAAAUAGAUUAUAGUUCAAUUAUGUAAUGCAUUACAAUAUCUUCAUAAUAAAGGAAUUAUUCAUAGAGAUAUUAAACCAACAAAUGUGUUAUUAAGUGGAAAUAAUAAUGUUAAAUUAUGUGAUUUUGGUUUAGCUACUCAUAAAGAUGUCAUAAGUAACUUUUCAGGUACUUAUGAAUUCAUGGCACCUGAAAUUUUAAGAAAUUAUCCAUAAUCAUAUUCUGUAGAUAUUUGGAGUUUAGGUUGUCUCUUAUAUUGGAUGCUUGAAAAAAAGCCUAUAAUAUCAGGUAUUCCAAAAAUCUAAAUAAUUCGAUAGGCAAUGAGGCUGAGAUGAUUGAGUAAAUCCUCAAUUUCACUGAUCCCAAAUUCACUAUUACAGAUAUCUAUGCCAAAGAUUUAAUUAAAAAGAUGCUUGUUACUGAACCUGAUGAUAGAAUAACUCUAAACGAUAUUAUUAAACAUCCUUUCAUUACUAAAGAAUAUUAAAGCAACUUAAAAAUUGAAGAAAUUUCUUAUUCAUAUUCUGAUGAAACAUAAGCAAGUUAUCAUCCAUAAUAAAUUGCACCAUAGAUUAAUAAUGAAGAUAGAAAUGUCUUUUAAAGAAUAGCUAGUUUAUUUACAUGCAUGGCUAGAGAUAAAUGAU